AUGAACGGCCAGUUCUCACCCUCCUCUCCGUCUCUGUGUUUGUGUGUCUGUGCAGCUGCCCCAUUGUCCGUUGGUGAUGUCAGAGUGGACGCCAUGCGGAGUCUGAGUCGGCAGGGCAGUGAUGUCACAGAUCACCCAGGGUUCUGUGGCUCAGGUUGGGGUGUGCAGGAGGAGUACAAGAGCACACAGACCUACUCACCCUGCGUACCUCACUCACAGGUACAGGAACAUACUGAAACCCUGACUCACUGACUCCCAAUGUCUGUCAAUACCUUGUCAUUAUCUUACUUGUCAUGAUGUGCACUAUAAUGUGUGUGUUCGUGCUGUGUUUUUGCUGAGUACAAUGUGGUGAUGUUCACACGCAUGUUUGUGCUGUGUGUUGUAUUUCCAUCUGUGUGUUUGUAUUACAGCAUGGCAUGCUGUACAGGAGCGACAGUGUUGACUACAGAGCUCAGGGUCCAGAGAUGGACAGUGGAGUGGAGGCUGGUAGUGACAUGACUCCUACUCCUGCCUUCCCUAUCUCUCCCCCUACACCUUAUGGUAAAAGCCUCCAUUAUUGUCUAGUGUCUUUUUCCAGGGGUUUGUGUGUGUGUGUAUGCAUACAGUGCCUUUGGAAGGUAUUCAGAUCCGUUGACUUUUUCCACAUUUUGUUAGGUUACAGCCUUAUUCCCCCUCAUCAAUCUACACACAAUACCCCAUAAUGACAAAGCAAAAACAGGUUUUUAGAAAUUUCUGCUAAUAAAAAAUAAAAUGGAAAUAAUACAUUUACAUAAGUAUUCUGACCCUUUACUCAGUACUUGGUUGAAGCACCUUUGGCAGCGAUUACAGCCUUGAGUCUUCUUGGGUAUGACGCUACAAGCAUGGCACACCUGUAUUUGGGGUGUUUCUCCCAUUCUUCUCUGCAGAUCCUCCUCUCAUGCUCUGUCAGAUGGGGAGCGUUGCUGCACAGCUAUUUUCAGGUCUCUCCAGAAAUGUUUGAUCGGGUUCAAGUCCGGGCUCUGGCUGGGUCCAGUCAAGGACAUUCAGAGACUUGUCCCAAAUAACUCCUGCAUUGUCUUGCCUGUGUGCUUAGGGUUGUUGCCCUGUUGGAAGGUGAACCUUCGCCCCAGUCUGAGGUCCUGAGCACUCUGGAGCAGGUUUUCAUCAAGGAUCUCUCUGUACUUUGCUCCGUUCAUCUUUGCCUCGAUCCUGACUAGUCUCCCAGACCCUGCCACUGAAAAACAUCCCCACAGCAUGAUGCUGCCACCACCAUGCUUCACCAUAGGGAUGGUGCCAGGUUUUCUCCAGACGUGACGCUUGGCAUUCAGGCCAAAGAGUUUAAUCUUGGUUUUACCAAACCAGAGAAUCUUGUUUCUCAUGGUCUGAGAGUCUUUAGGUACCUUUUGGCAAACUCCAAGCAGGCUUUCAUGUGCCUUUUACUGAGGAAUGGCUUCCUUCUGGCCACUCUACCAUAAAGGCCUGAUUGGUGGAUUGGUUCAGAGAUGGUUGCCUUCUGGAAGGUUUUCCCAUCUCCACAGAGGAACUCUAGAGCUCUGUCAGAGUGACCAUUGGGUUCAUGGUCACCUCCCUGACCAAGGCCCUCCUCCCCUGAUUGCUCAAUUUGGCCGGGUGGCCAGCUCUAGGAAGAGUCUUGGUGGUUCCAAAGUUCUUCCAUUUAAUAAUGAUGCAGGCCACUGUGUUCUUGGGGACCUUCAAUGCUGCAGACAUUUUUUGGUACACUUCCCCAGAUCUGUGCCUUGACAGGACAAUUCCUUUGACCUCAUGGCUUGGGUUUUGCUCUGACAUGCCCUGUCAACUGUGGGACCUUAUAUAAACGGGUGUGUGCCUUUCCAAAUCAUGUCCAAUCAAUUGAAUUUACCACAGGUGGACUCCAAUCAAGUUGUAGAAACAUAUCAAGGAUGAUCAAUUGAAACAGGAUGCAACUGAGCUCAGUUUUGAGUCUCAUAGCAAAGGGUCUGAACACUUAUGUAAAUAAGGUAUUUCUGUUUUUUGUUUUAAUCCAUUUCUAAAAAUGUCUAAAAACCUGUUUUCGCUUUGUCAUUAUGGGGUAUUGUGUGUAGAUUGCUGAGGAAAUGUUUUUAUGUAAUCCAUUUUAGAGUAAGGCUGUAACAUAACAAAAUAUGGAAAAAGUCAAGGGGUCUGAAUACUUUCCGAAGGCACUGUAUGAUGGCUCUCGUGAUCGUUGCUGAAUUACCGGAUUUUUAAACCUCAUCUCUUCUUCUAUGCUUCCAUAGUGAAAAACAUGGCGGAAUUCACUCACCUGAGGCAAACUCCAUCUCCCAGCAUGCAAUCCUACGGGGUUUACAGGACGGAGCAUGGUAGGACAUUGUGGCAAUGUGUACUUUACUUGUGGAGAAUGUAGGCUCUAAGCUUUGUGUAUCACAGCACUCUGACAUUCUAAUUCAUUCAUUCUUCAUUCAGAUGAAGUGUGAUAAAUGUUAAAAUAUAUUCUUUAACACAAUGGAUUACAGCGGUUACUCAAAAUAUACUUUUAUUUUUAGAGUACAGAACAAUUCAUAGAAAUACCACUAGUCUCUAAAUUGGUUGUUCUUUAAAAGUGCUUUCCUCUCAAUCUUAAAUAAGCAUGCCCCACUAAGAACAGAUAUAGCCCCUGGUUCUCCUCAGACUUGACUGCCCUUGACCAGCACAAAAACAUCCUGUGGCAUACCGCAUUAGCAUCGAACAGCCCCCGCGAUAUGCAACUUUUCAGGGAAGUCAGGAACCAAUAUCCACAAUCAGUUAGGAAAGCAAAGGCUAGCUUUUUCAAACAGAAAUUUGCAUCCUGUAGCACUAACUCCAAAAAGUUUUGGGACACUGUAAAGUCCAUGGAGAAUAAGAGCACCUCCUCCCAACUGCCCACUGCACUGAGGCUAUGAAACACUAUCACCAUCGAUAAAUCUACAAUAAUCGAGAAUUUCAACAAGCAUUUUGCUACGGCUGGCCAUGCUUUCCACCUGGCUACCACUACCCCGGCCACCACCUCUGCACCCUCUGCUGCAACUUGCCCAUGCCCCCCCCGCUUCUCUUUCACACAAAUUCAGACAGCUGAUGUUCUGAAAGAGCUGAAAAUUCUGGACCCCUACAAAUCAGCUGGGCUAGACAAUCUGGACCCUUUCUUUCUAAAAUUAGCCGCUGAAAUUGUCGCAACCUCUAUUACUAGCCUGUUCAACCUCUCUUUCGUAACGUCUGAGAUCCCCAGAGAUUGGAAAGCUGCCGUGGUCAUCCCCCUCUUCAAAGGGUUGACACUCUAGAUCCAAACUGUUACAGACCUAUAUCCAUCCUGCCCUGCCUUUCGAAAGUUUUUGAAAGCCAAGUUAACAAACAGAUCACCAACCAUUUCGAAUCCCACCGUACCUUCUCCGCUAUGCAAUCCGGUUUCCGAGCUGGUCAUGGGUGCACCUCAGCCACACUCAAGGUCCUAAACAAUAUUAUAACCGCGAUCGAUAAAAGACAGUACUGCGCAGCCGUCUUCAUCGACCUGGCCAAGGCUUUCGACUCUGUCAACCACCGCAUUCUUAUUGGCAGACUAAAUAGCCUUGGUUUCUCAAAUGACUGCCUCGCCUGGUUCACCAACUACUUCUCAGAUAGAGUUCAAUGUGUCAAAUCGGAGGGCCUGUUGUCUGGACCUAUGGCAGUCUCUAUGGGGGUGCCACAUGGUUCAAUUAUCUGUGUAUAUCAAUGAUGUUGCUCUUGCUGCUGGUGAGGCUCGGAUCCACCUCUAUGUAUACAUCUGGCCCUUCAUUGGACACUGUGUUAACAAACCUCCAAACGAGCUUCAACGCCAUACAACACUCCUUCCGUAGCCUCCAACUGCUCUUAAACACUAGUAAAACUAAAUGCAUGCUCUUCAACCGAACGCUGCUUGCACCCGCCCACCCGAGUAGCAUCACUACUCUCGGCGGGUCUGACCUAGAGUAUGUGGACAACUACAAAUACCUAGGUGUCUGGUUAGACUGUAAACUCUCCUUCCAGACUCACAUUAAGCAUCUCCAAUCAAAAGUUAGAUCUAGAAUCGGCUUCCUAUUUCGCAACAUAGCCUCCUUCACUCAUGCUGCCAAACAUGCCCUCGUAAAACUGACUAUCCUAUCGAUCCUUGACUUCGGCGAUGUCAUUUACAAAAUAGCCUCCAACACUCUACUCAGCAAAUUGGAUGUAGUCUAUCACAGUGCCAUCCGUUUUGUCACCAAAGCCUAUAAAUCACUGCUAGGCAAAUCCCCGUCUUAUCUUAGCUCACUGGUCACCAUAGCAACACCCACCCGUAGUCUGCGCUCCAGCAGGUAUAUCUCACUGGUCAUCCCCAAAGCCAACACCUCCUUUGGCCGCCAUUCCUUCCAGUUCUCUGCUGCCAAUGACUGGAACGAACUGCAAAAAUCUCUGAAGCUGGAGACUCUUAUCUCCCUCACUAACUUUAAGCAUCAGUUGUCAGAGCAGCUUACCGACCACUGCACCUGUACACAGCCCAUCUGAAAUUAGCCCAUCCAACUACCUCAUCCCCAUAUUGUUAUUUAUUUUGCAAAUUUGCACACCAGUAUCUCUAUUUGCACAUCAUCUUUUGCACAUCUAUCAUUCCAGUGUUAAUACGAAAUUGUAACUAUUUUGCACUAUGGUCUAUUUAUUGCCUUACCUCCAUAUUUUACUACAUUCGCACACACUGUAUAUAUAUUUUCUGUUGUAUUUUUGACUUUAUGUUUUGUUUACUCCAUAUGUAACUCUGUGUUGUUGUUUUUAUCGCACUGCUUUGCUUUAUCUUGGCCAGGUCGCAGUUGUAAAUGAGAACUUGUUCUCAACUGGCUUACCUGGUUAAAUAAAGGUGAAAUAAAAUAAAAAUAAAAGAAAUAAAGUGAAUAGAUAUAUUGAAAUGUCAGGCCAUUGUGAGGUGAAUAAAUAAUGUGGCACUUGACCUUUGACAAAGCCAAUUGAUUGAAGGAGCCAGGCCGCGGGGCAGUGGAACAAUGGAUAAGUGUUCUAUGUAGGGAAGUGGAGACAUUGGAAGUGAUGGAGUCUAUUCCACUCAUUAUCCCUCUCAGCCCUCUCUUUCUCUUUACUUAAUCUGUCACUUAAUUAAAGACAGAAAGUGGCUGACAGAAAAAGAGAGUGAGUGAGAGAAAUAGCUCUAGGAGACAAAGAGGGACCCAGUGACAGACAAUACAUGGGUAUGAACAGGGAUGGGACCUUUGGGUUUGUUCAUUGUUCAUCAACUGCUUUUGACUCCUCCUCUGAGACUGUCUCCAUCAUGAGAACUUCUCUCGGAAUGUAACCGACCAUAGCCCUGUAAGGUGUACAUGAUGUUUAUGUGUUUAUAUCUAGUUAUUUGUCUUUAUGCAGUUGUUUUCCCUGUGGUAUUGCACCAUUACUGGUCACAUUCCAUAACUAAUGAAUGAUCCCUGACCUGUAGUUGAGAGCAUUGUGUUUGUUUGAGGCAGUGCACUAAACAAAGCCAGGGACUGCCUCCCUUCCCUGGGGGUUCCAUACAAGUCUCUCUCCUCCCAUGGUUGGUUUGGAGAACGUCUGUGUGGUUUCAGUCCUGAAAAGUUAGUAUUUUAUAGCACAUUGUGUCAAAGCCUUCAGUGCCUGAAACAGUUCUAUUUUUUGUUUGUCUGUAAAAGUUUUGUUGUGGUCUUAGAUGUUUCUCAUUGGUGGAACACACCCAGUUAUACAUAUGUAGGAUCUUAAUGUGAGUCAGUUUGCUACAGCAGGAAAAUAAUCCUGCAGCAACAGGAAAUGUGAAUUAUUAUGUUGAUUAUAAUGAGUGGACAUUUUUAUUGGGGUUGAUACAUUUCAAGUCUGAAAUUUCAAAGUGGAAAUUACGAACUUCAGAAGCCUUUUUAAACCUAAAAUACAAUACAAAUGUAAAAUGUCCUGCAUUGCAGGAAAGUUCUCCUGCAACAGGAUGCUCAAAUUAAGAUCCUUCAUCUGUAUCAGUGGAGGCUCCUCAGAGGAGAAAGGGGAGGACCAUCCUUCGCAGUGAAUUUCAUUAAAAUUAUUAAGUUCUUUUUAAAUAAAACUAUAAUAAAUAUAUUCACAUCCCCAAAUAAUUGAUUAAAACACACUGUUUUGCAAUACAGUAGCCUCAGCAGCACUCUGUAGGGUAUCACCAUUGUGUAGCCGGAGAACAGCUAGGUUCUGUCCUCCUCUGGGUACAUUGACUUCAAUACAGUGAGGGGGAAAAAAGUAUUUGAUCCCCUGCUGAUUUUGUACGUUUGCCCACUGACAAAGACAUGAUCAGUCUAUAAUUUUAAUGGUAGGUUUAUUUGAACAGUGAGAGACAGAAUAACAACAAAAUAAUCCAGAAAAACGCAUGUCAAAAAUGUUAUAAAUUUAUUUGCAUUUUAAUGAGGGAAAUAAGUAUUUGACCCCUCUGCAAAACAUGAUUUAGUACUUGGUGGCAAAACCCUUGUUGGCAAUCACAGAGGUCAGACGUUUCUUGUAGUUGGCCAUCAGGUUUGCACACAUCUCAGGAGGGAUUUUGUCCCACUCCUCUUUGCAGAUCUUCUCCAAGUCAUUAAGGUUUCGAGGCUGACGUUUGGCAACUCGAACCUUCAGCUCCCUCCACAGAUUUUCUAUGGGAUUAAGGUCUGGAGACUGGCUAGGCCACUCCAGGAACAUAAUGUGCUUCUUCUUGAGCCACUCCUUUGUUGCCUUGGCCGUGUGUUUUGGGUCAUUGUCAUGCUGGAAUACCCAUCCACAACCCAUUUUCAAUGCCCUGGCUGAGGGCAGGAGGUUCUCACCCAAGAUUUGACGGUACAUGGCCCCGUCCAUCGUCCCUUUGAUGUGGUGAAGUUGUCCUGUCCCCUUAGCAGAAAAACACCCCCAAAGCAUAAUGUUUCCACCUCCAUGUUUGACGGUGGGGAUGGUGUUCUUGGGGUCAUAGGCAGCAUUCCUCCUCCUCCAAACACGGCGAGUUGAGUUGAUGCCAAAGAGCUCGAUUUUGGUCUCAUCUGACCACAACACUUUCACCCAGUUCUCCUCUGAAUCAUUCAGAUGUUCAUUGGCAAACUUCAGACGGGCCUGUAUAUGUGCUUUCUUGAGCAGGGGGACCUUGCGGGUGCUGCAGGAUUUCAGUCCUUCACGGCGUAGUGUGUUACCAAUUGUUUUCUUGGUGACUAUGGUCCCAGCUACCUUGAGAUCAUUGACAAGAUCCUCCCAUGUAGUUCUGGGCUGAUUCCUCACCGUUCUCAUGAUCAUUGCAACUCCACGAGGUGAGAUCUUGCAUGGAGCCCCAGGCCGAGGGAGAUUGACAGUUCUUUUGUGUUUCUUCCAUUUGCGAAUAAUCGCACCAACAGUCUUGGCCAUGGUGGAGAGUUUGGAAUCUGAUUGAUUGCUUCUGUGGACAGGUGUCUUUUAUACAGGUAACAAGCUGAGAUUAGGAGCACUCCCUUUAAGAGUGUGCUCCUAAUCUCAGCUCGUUACCUGUAUAAAAGACACCUGGGAGCCAGAAAUCUUUAAAAUGCAAAUCAUUUUAUAACAUUUUUGACAUGCGUUUUUCUGGAUUUUUUUGUUUUUAUUCUGUUCAAAUAAACCUACCAUUAAAAUUAUAGGCUGAUCAUGUCUUUGUCAGUGGGCAAACGUACAAAAUCAGCAGGGGAUCAAAUACUUUUUCCCUCACUGUACAUGGUUCUUACCCCGUUCCACAGACUUACACAGUAAUUAUGACUAGGGCUGUUAAGGUGACCAUAUUACCUCCCGAGUCAUGACCACAGUCAAAUUCCACGUGACUGUUUAGUCAUGUUAGCUAGGCUUCUGCAAGCUAUGAUGCUGCUGAUGGCCAUUAGUAGCCUGCCAAACUUGAUAACUGCCAGUACUCAGCACUCUAUUGUCCCUCUAAUCACUCUGACAUCAAUGCAAAUGUUUUCGAAAAUCUAAUCAAACACUUUAUUAGAGCCCAUGAGCUCAUGGUGCACAACAUUUCUAUAGGCUAUGCAAUUGAAUGAGUUAACAGAGUUUUGAUUGCCUCUAUUAAAAAGAGGAUCCCAUCAGCUUUCUAUUGGCUAGGCCUACUACAUUUAUUUAUCAACUUUACUUUCCUAAUAUUAAGGACAUUGCUUUGCUUUAAAACAGGAUUAUAGCCUACCUGGCUGGCAUGAAAAUGAACAACGGGAAAGGCGUCUGUCAUCCGCUAUUUAAGUGCAUAGAUGACAUGUAUUUUUUUUUCCCCACGCCCCUGUUCCGAGACAGGUGCAUGAUAAUGGUCAAUUUUAAAUCAAAACUAAUUUCACACAUAUGUUAUUUGGUUGAUGUAAAGACAACAUUAAAUUAAGAAUAGUCUGAUGGGUGACAAUAUUAGCCUAUCACUUGUGAAUGAUAUAUUAUCACUUGUUAAUGACGCCCAGCGUGUGCAGUAAGGCAAGAAACAGCGUAGGUUUAUUUGAACAGUGAGAGACAGAAUAACAACAAAAAUAUCCAGAAAAACGCAUGUCAAAAAUGUUAUAAAUUGAUUUGCAUUUCAAUGAGGGAAAUAAGUAUUUGACCCCCUUUCAAUCAGAAAGAUUUCUGGCUCCCAGGUGUCUUUUAUACAGGUAACAAGCUGAGAUUAGGAGCACACUCUUAAAGGGAGUGCUCCUAAUCUCAGCGUGUUACCUGUAUAAAAGACACCUGUCCACAGAAGCAAUCAAUCAAUCAGAUUCCAAACUCUCCACCAUGGCCAAGACCAAAGAGUUCUCCAAGGAUGUCAGGGACAAGAUUGUAGACCUACACAAGGCUGGAAUGGGCUACAAGACCAUCGCCAAGCAGCUUGGUGAGAAGGUGACAACAGUUGGUGCGAAUAUUCACAAAUGGAAGAAACACAAAAAAACUGUCAAUCUCCCUCGGCCUGGGGCUCCAUGCAAGAUCUCACCUCGUGGAGUUGCAAUGAUCAUGAGAACGGUGAGGAAUCAGCCCAGAACUACACGGGAGGAUCUUGUCAAUGAUCUCAAGGCAGCUUGGACCAUAGUCACCAAGAAAACAAUUGGUAACACACUAUGCCGUGAAGGACUGAAAUCCUGCAGCGCCCGCAAGGUCCCCCUGCUAAAAGCACAUAUACAGGGCCGUCUGAAGUUUGCCAAUGAUCAUCUGAAUGAUUCAGAGGAGAACUGGGUGAAAGUGUUGUGGUCAGAUGAGACCAAAAUCGAGCUCUUUGGCAUCAACAAGCACAUUAAGGUCCUGGAGUGGCCUAGCCAGUCUCCAGACCUUAAUCCCAUAGAAAAUCUGUGGAUGGAGCUGAAGGUUCGAGUUGCCAAACGUCAGCCUGGAAACCUUAAUGACUUGGAGAAGAUCUGCAAAGAGGAGUGGGACAAAAUCCCUCCUGAGAUGUGUGCAAACCUGGUGGCCAACUACAAGAAACGUCUGACCUCUGUGAUUGCCAACAAGGGUUUUGCCACCAAGUACUAAGUCACGUUUUGCAGAGGGGUCAAAUACUUAUUUCCCUCAUUAAAAUGCAAAUCAAUUUAUAACAUUUUUGACAUGCGUUUUUCUGGAUUUUUGUUGUUGUUAUUCUGUCUCUCACUGUUCAAAUAAACUUACCAUUAAAAUUAUAGACUGAUCAUUUCUUUGUCAGUGGGCAAACGUACAAAAUCAGCAGGGGAUCAAAUACUUUUUUCCCUCACUGUAUACUGAUGAAUUAUUGAAGAAUAUAACUUAGAAAUGCCUCAUGAGCAUUAAUAGUUCAACUGUCGUACCCCAUCAGAACCCAAAAUAUGAGCUUGCUUUACUCCAAUGUUUGUAAACCACGUAAAUGUAAACAAACACUGUACAGCCUCAAAACAUAGUUAAAACUAUAAUUUUGAUAUCAUGGAUGGUCAGUCCUUGCAUCCAUAGCUCUGUCUAUGAAUUUGAGAGUGGUUACAUUUCUUCAGCCCUGUCCCUUAGCUUUUUACCGAAACAGGGGCGGGGAUUUCACUUUGUUAUUGUUUCAACUGCUGAUUGCCCCUUUAAACAAUAGUUUAGAGUAGAGACAUAAUCAGACAUGGCAUAAGUCCCUUCUGUGGUUCCCUUCCUCUGAAACCAGUCAUAAAGAGUUAUUUUUUUCCAAAUUCAGUUGAGUAGUUGGCAGAGUUGUACCAUCCUGUCGUGACUGUGGGUCAUUGGUGAGGGAUGGCAGUGAUGAUGUUUGGAGUUACUCACACACACACAGUGACACUCCUAGAGGUUACCUUUAUGUCUGUUUCUUUGUCCACCUUUGACCCCCAACCAGCCUGUUGUCAUAGUGAUCUGUGUCAGAGGGGUUGUGAGAGUGACAGCGUCCCCAGACUGAUCUGUUCCCCCACUGGAUCCCCUCACAGGAUUCAGCCGUGCCAUGGUUACAGCGGGUCGAGAAAUCGGGGGGCCCACAAUUUUUUUUUAUUUCCUCAGUGAAAGUACUUAUGUGUCAAUAAAAGUGGCGAGGGACAAAAAGAUACCAGUCCACCUCUCUCUCUCGUCUCUUUGUCUUCCUUGCCCUCCACAUUCCAAUUGAGAUAACUGGUAACCCAUGGAAACAUCAGUCAGUCACUAAACUGUGUGGAAUAUGUGGACUGGAAACAUGUGGUUUUGGGGGCAGCACCUGUCAGUGCCUCCGUAGCAAUGAUUAAUGUGAUAAAAGAUUUACUCAAUUAUGUCGGGGGGCUUUUAAUUUCUGUCUUUGAAUGAGUGAGGCUGAUUUGUUGACAGAGUGGCACUGCUAGGCAGAGUAAUCUGCUCCAUACUGAACAGAGCGAUGGAUGGCUGCUGUACUGUUGAGCCAGCAGCAGACUGACUGACUGACUGGAGAAUAAUUUAACUCCACUGCUGACUGCUCUCUUUGCUAUUGGAUGUACUCUAUUAUAUCUCACCUGAGGGGAUAGCAUUUUUAUUUGACUGAAAUUCUUAAGGUUAUGGUUAACAGAUGCAACAUUUCUGCUCAGUUUCUGUUCAUGUGAUAUCCAGAUGUUUUGGAGAAACUGGAUGAAAUUGGAUUUAUUUUGGAGUGUCUGUCAAUAGACUUAGGUUUAGUGCAUUCUAUCCCUUGAAUGUAUUUAUCCUAUAUGUGUAAUUUGUAAUAUAUGCCCUCUCAACCCCACAGAGCCCAGAGGUUACUUAGAGAUGAUUGGUCAUGUUCCCCAGUCUGCAGAACAGGGCCUGACAGACUCCUCCCCCAGCUGCCAUAGGUCCUUCGGCUCCUCUCGAUCUGACUUCAUUAGUGGGACGCCCCAACGGACAGACAGGUACAGCCAAUCAUAUACAACCCUUUCGCAUAAUUAUUAGAAGCCACAUGUUUAUUCGAAAUGUCCUUUCUUGGAAUAUACAUUUUACAUUUUAGCAGACGCUAAUUAUGGUUAUAGGCUACAUGUUCUGAAAAUACAUAAUGGUCAUACAGUUUCAUUAGAGAGGUGUUUUUGAUGAUCUUCUCAUUUUUGUUCUUCCUCCUCUCUCCAGCCCCUCCAUGGGUCAGCCCUGGCCAGAGGACAGAGCCCUCCUGAGCCACCACGCCUCCAUCAGCAGCUGCCCCACCCCCAGACACCCCCUUCCACGCUCCAUGUCCUUGGACUACGGCCACCACUCCCCUCCCAUGCACUCCCACCCUCACGCUGCCCACAGCUCCCCCAGGGGCAGCCAGCAGAGCCGCAUGGCCCACUAUGGCCUCACCCACAGCCCCGCGCACAGCUUCGACGAGCCGGACGACUUAGGCCUAGGGGGCUAUGGCGCCGCCGACUGCCCAGCCUCUGCUUCUUCUCUCCUGGGGAACGGAGUGAUGGAGAGGGGCCUGUCCAUGAUGGGUUCCAUGGAUGGGCAGGGCACCAUCCGGACCCAGCACCUGCAGCAUCUCCAGCAGCUGCAGCAGCUCCAGGCCCAGGGGGCCUUGCCUCCACUGCUGCCCGAGAAGAGGAGGGAGUUGGACGGGGAGCACUCCUUGGGCACAGCCUCCCCAGCCCCUAGUGGCUUCUCCAGCCCACACAGUGGGAGCUCCCUCAGUAUCCCAUUUCCCAACAUCCUGCCUGACCUCUCAGCCGCUGCACAGAUGCCGGGCAACGCUUCACCUCUGCCAGGUAACCCCCGAGCUUACACAGUUAAUAGCCAAUCACUUCUUAUCUGAGCCAAUGGCUUGGGUUGGUACAAUACUGUAAAGAAGGUAAUCAGUUCUGUUCUAUGUACUGUAUUCUUUAGGUGCUGCCCUGUGAGUUUUCUCUGUAAAUUUGGAUUUGCCACAUAUGGAUGUCUUUUGAACUUGGUUACAGUGAUAGAAUGCCUGAGUUUUUUUUGCAUUGGCUAACCUCUGGUGUGUUUCGGAUACUGUAUUUCCAGAUGUCCUGGCCAGCAAGCAUGUGACUGUAAACUUUGUGCAAGACACAUCGAAAUUCUGGUACAAGCCUGAUAUCUCCAGGGACCAAGGUAAAAACAUGAGGAAAUACUUGUCCUGUCUCCCAAGUGUAUUUUGUCUGCCAAAUUUCCAUAAUGCUCUUCAACAUUUUGACAGUGUUGGGAGAUUUUGACAGUUUCCACACUCCUCCAUGACACCGUCAUUAAAAUGUCUUCCUGUGACGUUCUCUUCUCAUUUCCUCCUUCUUUCCUCCCCCUUUCAGCUAUCUCAGUCCUGAAGGACAAUGAGCCUGGAUGUUUCAUAGUACGGGACAGCCACUCCUUCAGAGGAGCCUAUGGGCUGGCCAUGAAGGUGGCCACACCCCCUCCCUCAGUCCUGCAGCAGAGCAAGAAAGGUAGGCUUUGGCUGAGAGAGAUAAGGGGGCGGAGCUUUAGGUUACUCAGACCGGUUCCUGUUUGAUGUGGGACAUAGGACUAGGAUAAUGAUUGAUGAAGCCCAUAUACGCUACACUCCUCUACGUAUUUAUUUGUACAGUUUUAAUUUGGCUCUAUACUCAAGCAUUUUGGAUUUGAAAUCAAAUGUUUUAUAUGAGGCGACAGAACAGAAUGUCGCCUUUUAUUUGAGGGUAUUUUCAUACAUAUCUGUUUUACCGUUUAGAAAUGAAAGCACUUUAUGUAUCUAGUCCCCCCAUUUGAAGGCUUCAUAAGUGUUUGGACAAAUUCACUUAUGGUGUAUUACAUUUAGUCAACAUUUUAGUAUUUAUUCCCAUAUUCCAAGCACGCAACUACAAUAUCAAGCUUGUAACUCUACAAACUUGUUGAAUGCAUUUGCAGUUUGUUUUGCUUGUGUUUCGGAUUAUGUUGUGCCCAAUAGAAAUUAAUGGUAAAUAAUGUAUUGUGUCAUUUUGAAGUCACUUUUAUUGUAAAUAAGAAUAUAAUGUUUCUGAACACUUCUACAUUAAUGUGGAUGCUACCAUUAUUACGCAUAAUCAUGAAUAAUGAUGAGUGAGAAAGUUACAGAUGCACAAAGAUCAUGCCCCCAAAACAUGCUAACCUUUCACCAUUACCAAUAACAGGGGAGGUUAGCAUUUUUGGGGGAUAUGAUAUUUAUGCCUGCUAGGAAUAUGGGACCAAAUGCUAAACUUCUGACUAAAUGUAAUACACUAUAAAUGAAUUUGUCCAAAUACUUAUGACACUUUCAAAUGGGGGGACUAGAUACAUAAAGUGCGGUAAAACAGAUAUGUAUGAAAAUACCCUAGAUAAAAAAGAUGACACUGUAAUGUCGCCUCAUAUAAAACAUUUGAUCUCAUAUCCAAAUUGCUGGAGUAAAUUAAAAGUUUUAGCUUCACUGUCCAAAUAAAUACGUAGGGGAGUGUAUGCUUGUCUAGGGUAAAUUUUGUGUUCACCCAUGGUCAUGGUUAGAAUUGUUGGAGGAUAAGCUGGUCCUGGAUCUGUACCUACGGGCAGGUUCCACACGGUUCCAGAACCUUUCCGUGUUCCAGAAGGCACCAGUAGAACAGGGCUAUCACGGAAUUGGCUGACUGAGGGGCAGAAUCCUGGGAACCAAACGGCUAUAAAAGCCCUCUACUGUUACAACUCUCUGAACUCACCUCCAUGGAGUGAACAUGAUAGUUCCCUCUCUGUUUGUUCGACAGCUCCUAGCUUUGGGUCUCUCUUCCGGGCAGCAUCGUGAUAGAACUAAACAGCCGUGCUCUUUGCUAAGUAGUUUUAGAUGUGGCGGCUAGUGUUUCAAGACAAACAAUAGAUGUGAAGGCUUUAUAAACCUGCACAGAUUUCAGGCCUUUCUCCAGGGAUGCUUUUUGCCCUACAUACUGUACUGUAACUUUGCUUGACAUACAGUACAGAUUGUUUUAUUAAGCACCGUGAAAUACGGCCUCAAUUCAAUUUAGAAAUGUCCUGGCAAGCAAUAUAUUGCUUUGUUCAUGGCAUGCCUUGUUUCAAGAUUUAUUUGUCACUUGCACAAGUACAGUGAAAUGCUUAACUUGCAAGCCCUUCCCAACAGUGCAGUAUUCAAUAUCAAAAUAGUAUAACUUAAACAUAAACACGAGAAAUAAGAAAGGAAGAAAAAAACUGGAGAAUGUAAGCUAUAUACAGGGUCAGUGCCAGUACCAAAUUGACAAUGUGCAGAGAUACUGGAGUAGUUGAGGUAGGGCUGUAUAAGUUUCAAGUUUCAAGUUGUAAUGUCACAUGCACAAGUACAGUGAAAUGCCUUUCUUGUAAACUCAAAACCCAACGAUGCAAUAAUUAAUAACCAUGUAAUACUAAACACUAGAAAUAAGAAUAUGCAAUAUGAAAUACACAAGUAAGUAAGCAUACUAUAUAUAGGGAAUAUUUAAAAAGUCAGUUCCAAUACCAUAUUUACAAUGUGCAGGGAUACAGAAGUGAUGGAAAUAAAUAUGUAGAGGGGUAAGGUGACUAGGCAACAGGAUAUAAGAUAAACAGAGUAGCAGCAGCUUGUAUGUUAGUUGGUGUGCGGGUGUGUAGAGUCAGUAUAAAUGUAUGUGCAUAUUAUGUGUGAGUGAGAAAAUUAUGGAGUGAGUGUUUGUGUGUUGGAGUGACAGUGUGUAUGUAGGGCCCUGUGAGUGUGCAUAGAGACAGUGCAAAUAUUGAGAUAAAAGGUCAAUAAAGAUACAAGGUUAAAACAGAUUGUCUGUGUAGCUAUUUCGUUAGCUAUUUAUCAGUCUGAUUGCUUGGGGAUAUAAGCUGUUCAAGAGCCUGUUGGUGUCAGACUUGAUGCACUGGUACCUCUUGCCCUGCCGCAGCAGAGAAAAUAGUCUGUUGCUUGGGUGGUUGGAAUCUUUUCCGAUUUUCCGGGCCUUCUUUUCACACCGCGUGAUAUAGAGGUCCUGGAUGACAGGGAGCUCGGCCCCAGUGAUGUACGCACAACCCUCAGUAACGCCAUGCGAUCGAGGGGGGUGCAAUUGCCAUAUGCUUUCAAUGGUACAGCUGUAGAACCUUUUGAGGAUUUGAGAGCCCAUGCCAAACUUGUUCAACCUCCUGAAGGGGAAGAGGCACUGUCGCGCCUUCUUCACGACUGUGCGUGUGUGUUUGGACCAUUUUAAGCCUUUAGUGAUUUGAACACCGAGGAACUUAAAGCUGUCUACCUUGCUCCAACACCCCCCCACCCCCGUAGUUAUUAUCAUUAUUUAUUCGGGGAAAUAAAUAAAAGGGGUGCUGAUGGGAAAAAUGGGUGCUGAUAGGAUUCCGCUAAGACGCUGGUGUCCCUAUGCCCAGCCCAGAGCACUGCCCACUAAGCCCUGACCCCUUUCUCUCUCCUCCACACGGUGUUGGGAGCCCCUUCACUCACAGCAGGCUAGCACUUGUAGGGACAUCAUGACACAGUCCCUCUCCACACCUUCAGCCCGAGCAUUGUGACUUGUUAAGAGGUUGAAACCCAAGCCGGCUCCAGGAGAAGGCUUUUCUAUGGGAGGACAUUCCUCAGAUGCACACUCCUCAUGCCCCACCUACACACUGAUGUUAAAUCAUAAUAACACUAUUCUCAGCUGUGAUUGGAUAAGAUUUAUGUAACUCUUAGAAUUCAGGAUAGGAGUUAACAGGGGUAAGAUAAGUGAGACUCCGCUAACACUUAACUUACAUCCAACAGGUAUAAUGCGUUAUAAUGUGUUAUAAGCAUGUAUGUGCAUUUAUAGCAUUCUUGAGUAUAAUAACGUUCUCUCUCUCUCGCUCUAUGAUUGGAGGAGAUCUGUCCAAUGAGCUGGUCCGUCACUUCCUGAUUGAGUGUACACAGAAAGGAGUGCGGUUGAAGGGCUGUCCCAAUGAGCCCUACUUUGGUGAGUGUCUCCACCGUAGCACACGUUUUGUCAUACCCUGUUGAAGACAGUGAUAAAACAAUGGUGACCCCUGCUGGUUGCUCUCUGUACUGAUAUAAAAGCAUAACGUUCCUGUGUGCCCUCUACUGGAUAAUGAUUGAAAGUGUGCUUCAGCUCUUAUGAUGAUGUUCAUAGCUAAUAUGAAAUCCUCUUUAAAGUAAUAUGUUGGUUACCAUUGUUAUGUUUUUGUUUUACAGGUAGUUUAACUGCGUUGGUGUGUCAGCACUCCAUAACUCCCUUGGCCCUGCCCUGCAAACUCAUCAUACCUGACAGAGGUAAGAUGUCAAAUCUCAAUGUCCUUACACAUAACAUUGUGUUACAGUAACAAGGUAAACAGGGUUUAGUUUUAUAAAACAUAAUUGUGUCCUCUGCCAAAGCAAUUUAAUGAACUCUAGUCUCUCUCCUCUCUGUGUAACUAUAUGCGGGAGGACUGGAAAUUGCAGUGCAGUUUAGAAUGAUAUGAUGCAAUUUAUAAGCCUGUGCAUGCGACUCUUGUCAACGUAGGCUAAUUGCCUUUACGUGGUAGCCAUAAACCAAUGUCAUCAGUGGCAGAGGGUCAAUAGAGAGAGGAAGGGAGAAAAAAAAAAUGGCGGCAGAGUGUAAUCAGAUUUAUUUUAAUUCAGUGAUAUGCCACUGCCUCAUUCUUCAUUUCAAACAUCUUGCUUUUACAUCGUAUACAAAAACAUAUUUUUUUCCUAUGUUGGUAGAUCCUCUUGAAGACAUGGUGGAAAAUACUACUACACAAUCUGUCACCAACUCUGCUGCUGAGCUCCUUAAACAAGGAGCAGGUAGGGCUUAAAGGGAUACUUCGGGAUUUUGGCAAUGAGGUCUUUUAUCUAUUUCCCCAGAGUCCACGAGUUCAUCUGACUCUGAGGAAGUAGACAAAGGGCCUCAUUGCCAAAAUCCCAAAGUAUCCCAUUUAAAUCCCUUUACUAACCACAUAUUUAAGCACAUGAUUAAUUAAGCACAUGAUUAUACAGGUGUAUGACUAUUAGGCUAAUCAAUGGGGAGUAAAUUAAAGGCUAAAUAAGUAUUGGGUAAGCCUCAACAACCACAACCUCUGUUCCUAAGUGAUUGUGUAGAUAACAUGUUGUGCAGACAGUAAUAGUAGCUCCUCUCUUCUGUGGUCUUGCAGUGUGUAAUGUGUGGUUCCAGUGUGUGUUCAUUGUGUAGUGUGUGUUUAGUGUGUGUUUGUAUCCGUUUGUAACGUGUGUUUCUCCGCAGCGUGUAAUGUGUGGUUCCUGGGCUCAGUGGAGAUGGAGUCUCUGACGGGGUACCAGGCUGUGCAGAAGGCCACCAGUGUAACACUGGGCUCAGACCCCCUGCCCACCUCCACCGUGGUCCACUUGAAAGUCUCCUCACAGGGAAUCACCCUCACCGACAACCAGAGGAAGUGAGUCAUGGAGAAUACACAGACAAACAGACAGACAGACAGAGACACCUAUAUUAGUAAUGCAUGUAUAGCUAAUAUAAAAUGAUAUAUAUACAGUGCCUUCGGAGAGUAUUCAGACCCCUUGAAUUUUUCCACAUUUUGCUACGUUUCAGCCUUAUUCGUAUUUUUAUAUUUUUUCCUCAGCAAUCUUCACACAAUACCCCAUAUUGACAAAGCGAAAACAGGUUUUUAAAGCUGUUUGCAAAUUUAUAAAAAAUUAAAAACAUAAAUAACUUAUUUACAUAAGUAUUCAGACCCUUUGCUAUGAGAUUCGAAAUUUAGCUCAGGUACAUCCUGUAUCCAUUGAUCAUCCUUGAGAUGUUUCUACAACUUGAUUGGAGUCCAUCUGUGGUAAUUUCAAUUGAUUGGACAUGAUUUGGAAAGUUUUUAUGGGGGGGGGGGGGGGGGGGUAGAAUGAUUACUUUAUCCUAUCCCAGGUAUUCCUUAAAGAGGUGGGGUUUCAAAUGUCUCCGGAAGGUGGUGAGUGACUCCGCUGUCCUGGCGUCGUGAGGGAGCUUGUUCCACCAUUGGGGUGCCAGAGCAGCGAACAGUUUUGACUGGGCUGAGCGGGAACUAUGCUUCCGCAGAGGAAGGGGAGCCAGCAGGCCAGAGGUGGAUGAACGCAAUGCCCUCGUUUGGGUGUAGGGACUGAUCAGAGCCCGAAGGUACAGAGGUGCCGUUCCCCUCACUGCUCCAUAGGCAAGCACCAUGGUCUUGUAACGGAUGCGAGCUUCAACUGGAAGCCAGUGGAGUGUGCGGAGGAGGGGGGUGACGUGAGAGAACUUGGGAAGGUUGAACACCAGACGGGCUGCGGCGUUCUGGAUGAGUUGUAGGGGUUUAAUGGCACAGGCAGGGAGGCCAGCCAACAGCGAGUUGUAGUAAUCCAGACGGGAGAUGACAAUUGCCUGGAUUAGGACCUGUGCCGCUUCCUGUGUAAGGCAGGGUCGUACUCUCCGAAUGUUGCAGAGCAUGAACCUGUAGGAGCGGGUCACCGCCUUGAUGUUAGCGGAGAACGACAGGGUGUUGUCCAGGGUCACGCCAAGGCUCUUCGCACUCUGGGAGGAGGACACAACGGAGUUGUCAACCGUGAUGGCGAGAUCAUGGAACGGGCAGUCCUUCCCCGGGAGGAAGAGCAGCUCCGUCUUGCCAGGGUUCAGCUUGAGGUGGUGAUCCGUCAUCCAUACUGAUAUGUCUGCCAGACAUGCAGAGAUGCGAUUCGCCACCUGGUUAUCAGGGGGGGGGAGAAGAUUAGUUGUGUAUCGUCAGCGUAGCAAUGAUAGGAGAGGCCAUGUGAGGAUAUGACAGAGCCAAGUGACUUGGUGUAUAGGGAGAAAAGGAGAGGGCCUAGAACUGAGCCCUGGGGGAUACCAGUGGUGAGAGCACGUGGUGCGGAGACAGCUUCUCGCCACGCCACUUGGUAGGAGCGACCGGUCAGGUAGGACGCAAUCCAGGAGUGAGCCGCGCCGGAGAUGCCCAGCUCGGAGAGGGUGGAGAGGAGGAUCUGAUGGUUCACAGUAUCAAAGGCAGCAGACAGGUCUAGAAGGACAAGAGCAGAGGAGAGAGAGUUAGCUUUAGCAGUGCGGAGAGCCUCCGUGACACAGAGAAGAGCAGUCUCAGUUGAAUGACCAGUCCUGAAACCUGACUGGUUUGGAUCAAGAAGGUCAUUCUGAGAGAGAUAUCAAGAGAGUUGGCUAAAGACGGCACGCUCAAUAGUUUUGGAAAGAAAAGAAAGAAGGGAUACUGCUCUGUAGUUGUUGACAUCAGUGGGAUCGAGUGUUGGUUUUUUGAGAAGGGGAGCAACUCUCGCUCUCUUGAAGACGGAAGGGACAUGGCCAGCGGUCAAGGAUGAGUUGAUCAGCGAGGUGAGGUAGGGGAGAAGGUCACCGGAGAUGGUCUGGAGAAGAGAGGAGGGGAUGGGGUCAAGCGGGCAGGUUGUUGGGCGGCCUGCAGUCACAAGUUGCAGGAUUUUAUCUAGGAGAGAGAGGGGAGAAAGAAGUCAAAGCAUAGGGUAGGGCAGUGUGAGUAGGACCAGCAGUGUCAUUAGACUUAACAAACGAGGAUCGGAUGUCGUCAACCUUCUUUUCAAAGUGGUUGACGAAGUCAUCCACAGAGAGAGAGGGGGGGGGGGGGGGGAGGGGGGGAGGAUUCAGGAGGGAGGAAAAUGUGGCAAAGAGCUUCCUAGGGUUAGAGGCAGAUGCUUGGAAUUUAGAGUGGUAGAAAGUGGCCUUAGCAGCAGAAACAGAUGAAGAAAAUGUAGAGAGGAGGGAGUGAAAAGAUGCCAGGUCGGCAGGGAGUUUAGUUUUCUUCCAUUUCCGCUCCGCUGCCCGGAGCUCUGUUCAGUGAGCUCGCAAUGAGUCAUCAAGCCACGGAGCUGGAGGGGAGGACCGAGCCGGCCGGGAGGAUAGGGGACACAGAGAGUCAAAGGAUGCAGAAAGGGAGGAGAGGAGGGUUGAGGAGGCAGAAUCAGGAGAUUGGAGGGAGAAGGAUUGAGCAGAGGGAAGAGAUGAUAGGAUGGAAGAGGAGAGAGUAGUGGGAGAGAGAGAGCGAAGGUUGCGGCGGCGCAUUACCAUCUGUGUAGGGGCAGAGUGAGUAGUGUUGGAGGAGAGCGAGAGAGAAAAGGAAACAAAGUAGUGGUCGGAGACAUGGAGGGGAGUUGCAGUGAGAUUAGUAGAAGAGCAGCAUCUAGUAAAGAUGAGGUCAAGCGUAUUGCCUGCCUUGUGAGUAGGGGGGGACGGUGAGAGGGUGAGGUCAAAAGAGGAGAGGAGUGGAAAGAAGGAGGCAGAGAGAAAUGAGUCAAAUGUGGACAUAGGGAGGUUGAAAUCCCCCAAAACUGUGAGGGGUGAGCCAUCCUCAGGAAAGGAACUUAUCAAGGCGUCAAGCUCAUUGAUGAACUCUCCAAGGGAACCUGGAGGGCGAUAGAUGACAAGGAUAUUAAGCUUAAAUGGGCUAGUGACUGUGACAGCAUGGAAUUCAAAUGAGGAGAUAGACAGGUGGGUUAGGGGAAAAAUUGAGAAUGUCCACUUGGGAGAGAUGAGGAUUCCUGUGCCACCACCCCUCUGACCAGAUGCUCUCGGGGUAUGCGAGAACACAUGGUCAGACGAGGAGAGAGCAGUAGGAGUAGCAGUGUUUUCAGUGGUAAUCCAUGUUUCCGUCAGCGCCAGGAAGUCGAGGGACUGGAGGUUAGCAUAGGCUGGGAUGAAGUCAGCUUUGUUGGCAGCAGAACGGCAGUUCCAGAGGCUGCCUGAGACCUGGAACUCCAGGUGUGGGGUGUGUGCAGGGACCACCAGGUUAGAGAGGCAGCAGCCACGCGGUGUGAGGCGUUUGUGUAGCCUGUGCAGAGAGGAGAGAACAGGGAUAGGCAGAGGCAUAGUUGACAGGCUGUAGCAAAUGGCUACAAUAAUGCAGAGGAGAUCGGAAUGAAAUGAACUAAACAUCUGGAAGAAGAGAGAGCAGGGCCUCCCUCACCAAAACUUCCACCUCAGAAACUAUAAUUGUUUCACUGAACCACCCGAACAAAAACUCUCCCAACUUCCACCUUUAGAAAUCAGAAUUGUUGUGAACCACAGCGGUUCAAUGUUUAAAGGAGUAGACUCAACCCACUUUAUUCAGCUAGCUAACUAUGACACCAUAGCUAACUAGCAUGCUAGCAUCCAAUAACACACAGUUUAGCACCAACACUUGGUCACAACAAACCACCAAUAGUGUGUUAACACACUAAGCAGAUAAUUCGUGUCCGUGUCUAGUUCCUUUCAUAACGCAGCAAUAAUUAAACGUUGGCUAGCUUAGCACAAAUAUAUUGUAUUUAGCUGCCACAGUACAGCACACAAUGGCUACUGUGUUGACUCUGUUCGAAAAACGGCUAGCUAGCUAGCUUCGUGCUACACCGAAGACAAUGCCAACCUACAGUAACUACCCACAACAGCCCACGAUGCCUAACUAUGACACCAUAGCUAACAAGCAUGCUAGCAUCCAAUAACACACAGUUUAGCACCAAUACUUGGUUACAACAGACUACCAAUAGUGUGUUAACACACUAAACAGAUCACUCGUGUCCGUGUCUAGUUCCUUUCAUAACGCAGCAAUAAUUAAACGUUGGCUAGCUAGCAUAAGUAUAUUGUAUUUAGCUACUACAGUACAGUUAGCUGGUCGUGUUGGCUAGCUAGCAAUGGCCACUGUGUUGACUUUGUUUGAAGAACGGCUAGCUAGCUAGCUUCGUGCUAGACCCGGCACCGCCGAAAAACAAUGCUAACCUACAGUAACUACCCACAACAGCCCACGAUGCCUAACUAUGACGCCAUAGCUAACUAGCAUGCUAGCAUCCAAUAACACACAGUUUAGCACCAAUACUUGGUUACAACAAACUACCAAUAGUGUGUUAACACACUAAACAGAUAAUUCGUGUCCGUGUCUAGUUCCUUUCAUAACGCAGCAAAAAUUAAACGUUGGCUAGCUAGCACAUUAACAUUGGAAACAACUCUUCACCGUUGUUAAACGUUACCAGUAGCUACCCGCUAGCUAGCUAGCCUCGUGCUUUCUCCGGGCUCCGCCGUAAACAAUACUUACCUACAAUAAUUACCUACGGAAACCUACAAUAACUACCUAAAUAAACUACCUACAAUACCUAACUACAACUACCUACCUACGAUCAAAUGCAUGGUUUAAGCUUUACUCAACACCAUAUAAGAAGCCAAGCUUACCUCAAGCUUACCUCCUGCUAGAGAAAACACAACCUCUCCUGACCACAGCGUGGCCCACUCGACAUGAGUGUGCUCAUAAAAUAAAACUACUGCUAAAACACUUCAAUCGUACCUGGUCCUCUUCGGUUAUGUCGAUAAAUGCUGGGACACUCAUUUUAUAAUUAUUUUAGUGAGCCUAGAUCAAAUCCACGCUCGCACUACCGAUCAUUUGUAGUCAGCAAUAGGGGAGUGAUUGCUUCCUACAAGAGCACAAAAGUUGACAGUGCAUGUCAGAGCAAAAACCAAGCCAUGAGGUCGAAGGAAUUGUCCGUAGAGCUUAGAGACAGCAUUGUGUCGAGGCACAGAUUUCUGCAACAUGGAAGGUCCUCAGAACCACCAAGACUCUUCCUAGAGCUGGCCGCCCGGCCAAACUGAGCAAUCGGGGGAGAAGGGCCUUGGUCAGGGAGGUGACCAAGAACCCAAUGGUAACUCUGACAGAGCUGUAGAGUUCCUCUUUGGAGAUGGGAGAACCUUCCAAAAGGACAACCAUCUCUGCAGCACUCCACCAAUCAGGCCUUUAGGGUAGAGUGGCCAGACGGAAGCCACUCCUCAGUAAAAGGCACAUGACAGCCCGCUUUGGGGAUGACCAGUGAGAUAUACCUGCUGGAGCGCAGACUACGGGUGGGUGUUGCUAUGGUGACCAGUGAGCUAAGAUAAGACUGGGAUUUGCCUAGCAGUGAUUUAUAGAUGACCUGGAACCAGUGGGUUUGGCGACGAAUAUGUAGUGAGGGCCAGCCAACAAGAGUGUACAGGUCACAAUGGUGGGUAGUAUAUGGGGCUUUGGUGACAAAACGGAUGGCACUGUGAUAGACUACAUCCAAUUUGCUGAGUAGAGUGUUGGAGGCUAUUUUGUAAAUGACAUCACCGAAGUCAAGGAUCGGUAGGAUAGUCAGUUUUACAAGGGCAUGUUUGGCAGCAUGAGUGAAGGAGGCUUUGUUGCGAAAUAGGAAGCCGAUUCUAGAUCUAACUUUUGAUUGGAGAUGCUUAAUGUGAGUCUGGAAGGAGAGUUUACAGUCUAACCAGACACCUAGGCAUUUGUAGUUGUCCACAUACUCUAGGUCAGACCCGCCGAGAGUAGUGAUUCUAGUCGGGUGGGCGGGUGCAAGCAGCGUUCGGUUGAAGCUGGUGUUAAAAAACCUCCAAACGGGCAUGAAUUUAGUUUUACUAGUGUUUAAGAGCAGUUGGAGGCUACGGAAGGAGUGUUGUAUGGCGUAGAAUCUUGUUUGGAGGUUUGUUAACAUAGUGUCCAAUGAAGGGCCAGAUGUAUACAAAAUGGUGUCGGCCGCAUAGAGGUGGAUCCGAGCGUCACCAGCAGCAAGAGCGACAUCAUUGAUAUACACAGAGAAUAGAGUCGGCCCGAGUAUUGAACCCUGUGGCACCCCCAUAGAGAGAUGGCCAGAGGUCCAGACAACAGGCCCUCUGAUUUGACACAUUGAAUUCUAUCUGAGAAGUAGUUGGUGAACCAGGCAAGGCAGUCAUUAGAGAAACCAAGGCUAUUUAGUCUGCCAAUAAGAAUGCGGUGGUUGACAGAGUCGAAAGCCUUGGCCAGGUCGAUGAAGACGGCUGCGCAGUACUGUCUUUUAUCGAUCGCGUUUAUAAUAUCGUUUAGGACCUUGAGCGUGGCUGAGGUGCACCCAUGACCAGCUCGGAAACCGGAUUGCAUAGCGGAGAAGGUACGGUGGGAUUCGAAAUGGUCGGUGAUCUGUUUGUUAACUUGGCUUUCAAAAACUUUCGAAAGGCAGGGCAGGAUGGAUAUAGGUCUAUAACAGUUUGGAUCUAGAGUGUCACCCCCUUUGAAGAGGGGGAUGACCACGGCAGCUUUCCAAUCUCUGGGGAUCUCAGACGUUACGAAAGAGAGGUUGAACAGGCUAGUAAUAGGGGUUGCGACAAUUUCGGCGGCUAAUUUUAGAAAGAAAGGGUCCAGAUUGUCUAGCCCAGCUGAUUUGUAGGGGUCCACAUUUUUCAGCUCUUUCUGAACAGUAGCUGUCUGAAUUUGUGUGAAGGAGAAGCGGGGGGCAUGGGCAAGUUGCAGCGGAGGGUGCCGAGCUGGUGGCCGGGGUAGUGGUACCAGGUGGAAAGCAUGGCCAGCCGUAGCAAAAUGCUUGUUGAAAUUCUCGAUUAUUGUAGAUUUAUCGGUGGUGACAGUGUUUCCUAGCCUCAGUGCAGUGGGCAGUUGGGAGGAGGUGCUCUUAUUUUCCAUGGACUUUACAGUGUCCCAAAACGUUUUGGAGUUAGUGCUACAGGUUGCAAAUUUCUGUUUGAAAAAGCUAACCUUUGCUUUCCUAACUGAUUGUGUAUAUUGGUUCCUGACUUCCCUAAAAAGUUGCAUAUCGCGGGGGCUGUUCGAUGCUAAUGCAGUACGCCACAGGAUGUUUUUGUGCUGGUCAAGGGCAGUCAAGGAACCAAUAUACAGAGAGAUCCUUGAUGAAAACCUGCUCCAGAGCGCUCAGGUCCUCAACAGGACAACGACCCUAAGCACACAGCCAAGACAACGCAGGAAUGGCUUCGGGACAAGUCUCUGAAUGUCCUUGAGUGGCCCAGCCAGAGCCCGGACUUGAACCCGAUCGAACAUCUCAGGAGAGACACUCCCCAUCACACCUGACAGAGCUUGAGAGGAUCUGCAGGGAAGAAUGGGAGAAACUCCCCAAAUACAGGUGCGCCAAGCUUGUAGCGUCAUACCCAAGAAGACUCAAGGCUGUAAUCGCUGCCAAAGGUGCUUCAAGAAAGUACUGAGUAAAGGGUCUGAAUACUUAUGUAGAUGUAAAAUUUCUGUUUUUUAUUUGUUAUAAAUUAGCAAACAUUUCUAAAAACCUGUUUUUGCUUUGUCAUUAUGGGGUAUUGUGUGUAGAUUGAUGAAGGGAAAAAACCAUUUAAUCAAUUUUAGAAUAAGGCUGUAACGUAACAAAACGAAAAAGUCAAGGGGUCUGAAUACUUUCCCAAGGCACAAUGCUUUAUACACAGUUAUACUAUGUAUUUCUCUUUUCCCCUCCUCCCUCUCUUCUUCCCAGGUUGUUCUUCAGAAGGCAUUAUGCAGUGACCACUGUCAUCUUCUGUGCAUUGGACCCUCAAAAUCGGAAGUGAGUAGAAUAAUUAACAUAAUGUGAAAUAAGAGUGCUGUGGUGCUAAUAUCAUCAGCUUAUACCGUCUGUAUGAUGCCUUGUAUGUUCUUUCUGUGUUCCUUUCCCCAUCCAUUCUUAGGUGGAAAAAAGAUGGCUGCACUUCAGCAAAGAUCUUUGGCUUUGUGGCGAGGAAGACGGGCAGUGGGCAGGAUAACGUGUGCCACCUGUUCGCCGAGCACGACCCCGAGCAGCCCGCCAGCGCCAUCGUCAACUUUGUCUCCAAGGUGAUGAUUGGCUCCCAGGAGACCAAGUAG